AUGGAAGAGAAACUGUUGAAGAGAAUCUCUUGGGUUUUCGAAAAAUUCUCUUAUUGGCAAGUUGGUGAGAGAUACUACUCUAGCACCUUCGCCGUCGCCGGCUGCAGUUGGCACAUUUUUGCUUGUCGGGAGGGAGAUAAGAAAGAUGAUCACUUGAGCUUGUACUUGGAACUUGUGGAUGUUCCUCAAUCUUUGCCACAUGGUUGGAAAAGAGACGUGAAAUUUAGCUUCACUCUUGUGAGCAAGGCUAAGGGCAAAUCCAACAAAACAUUGGGAGGGCAGGUUUGUUUCGAUGCAAAUCAUACAAGUUGGGGUCAUACUAAGUUCGUGUCUCUUACCAAACUUCGUGCAGAGGAUGAAAGAUUUCUAGUGAAUGACAAAUUCAUCGUCGUCGCUGAAGUACACGUUCUUCCAGCUAAAGUUGUACCAGCGGAAACCGUGAAGGUUAGUGAACCUGAUGGUGCAUCUAAAGACAAUUUAGAUGAAGAUGAUGAUACAUCUAAAGACGGUUCGGAUGAUGAAACUUGUGAUGUCAAUGGGUUUGAAGUUUCCUCUUCUCAGGUAGAGUCGGUGAGGCAAAUCUUCAAAAGCCACCCGGACAUAGCAUCAGGCUUCCGUCCGAAGAACCAACAGAUCAGAAGAGCUUACAUGAAUGAGCUCCUUAGCCUCAUCGAGACGCUGUGCCAGUCACCGGAGAAGCUCUCUGAGGAUGAUCUGAGCAAUGCUGAUGACACACUGGCUGAUCUGAUUGAUGUCGGCUUUAAAUUGGAUUGGCUGAAGACAAAGUUGAAUGAGGUCUCUGAAAAGAAGAAGAUGGAAAAGGGUAGUGUGGCCCGGAUACAAAAGAUGGAGGUACAGGUGCAGAAGCUGAAGCUGAUUUUCUCGGAUCUUGAAACUCGGCUGCAGAAGGAAAAGUCAGAGGCUUUAACCGCGAGAGCUCCUCUCUCUUUUGACGAUGUUGUUUGCUGA